GUGUUAUCUUAGAGAGGGGAAGUCCCUGCAUGAGAACUGCUUCCUACAAACUGACAGUCGGAGUGUGACUGCUGGCUAGAGACAGGGGGGACACCGGGGGAGUGAGAAGGGACGGGAAAGCCUGAGACCAGUGUGGGAAAAAAGAAGAGGAGGGGGGUUGUGAGUGCAAAAGACAAAGUGCAAUGUGCAAGGAAAGUAACGGCAGAGUUAACUGCUAGCAAAGAGAGGGGGAGUUUCAGGGCUGCAGAAGUUAAAGAGGAUCUCUAGUUAAGGGAAGGCUCAAAUAAGGGUUAGAGAGAGAGAAGUGGAGUCUCAUGCACUGGGGCUGGAGAAAGAAAGAGAUUUGAUUGGAAAUAGGGUGGCAGGGGUGAGACACUCAAAAGAGAAAAGAAUCUUGGGCAGAACCAAGGAGAUGGAGAAUAUGUGAUUCCUAAUGAGGGUGACAGACUGAAGCUGCAGGUGUCAGAGAGGCACAGGUAUAAGUUCAUUACGACAGGCACAGAAAUCAGUUGAGUGAAACAGGUACAUGGGCACGUAAUAUCCCUGCAGAACUACACGCACCCACAGACAGGUGUAUGAAACUGCACAUUUAAAUACAGUUAAAAAUGUUUUCGAAAAGGGACAUACAGUUUGCAAUAGAUCCAUAAGGACAGACAGACAGACAAGAAGAGAGGUGUAGUUGGAGAGAUACAAGCAUGGAUGCAGGGACAUAGGCAGAGACUUACACAGGUAGGUAGAAGUAAUCCUGCAGUGGGCUUGGCAAAAGGGUGGAAAGCAGUAGAGCAAAGGAGAGGGAGGAGGAGUGAACAGAUGCAAGAGGAGGGCAACUAAGGGCAAGUACAGGAAGGACAGAAACAGAACAACUUGCCCUCUGCUUUCUGACCAUUAAAGCUGCUGCUGCUGCUGCAUGGAGUGUCGAGGACACCCAGUCUAACCAAUGGGCACCCCUAGAAGCCUGUGUGGUGGGGGCAUGGAGGCAUCUCCUUUGGAUCUUAGCAUCCGCAGAAAAAUGGAUUUGGCCAGUGUGGAUUCUGCGCACAGCCCCCCAGGACUUCACUCAUGGACAGUAGAAGCUGGAACGCUCAGCCUGAAAGCAGUGAAGCUGGAAAAAGUACAACAACCAUCAGCAGAGGGCUCCAGAGAGUCAUUGGAGGGACUAGGAGCAAGCAAAGACCAAGCCAGUCUCCCCAUCCGAAAGCGAAGGUACCAUCCACCUCUGGAGCAUGAGGAGCACUUUGUAAAACUGACAGAUAGGAGCUUAGAGUGGCCAAAGAGGUACCAAACCCCGUGCAUGACCUUUGCAUUGCCAGGCUAUUAUCAAGGUGCUUCAUAUUUACCCUCAUCGUUACCCCUUUACGCUGCCCCUGCCCCUCCAUUACUCAACUCGCCCCUUCUAGGAAUUGUUCCUACCCAGCACCCAAAGUUGCUCCAUGCAGACACACAGCUCCAGGCUGACAUUGCUGCCGCCACAUGGCCGGAUGAGGAUGGAGACACAGCUCUGCACAUUGCUGUGGUUCAUGGAAACAUUUUGGCUGCUCAGAGGGUGAUUGCUCUCCUCCUCCAUGGAGCAAGACAUCUAGAUAUGCUUAAUAAUCUCAGGCAGACCCCGCUUCACCUUGCGGUAAUCACAGAUCAGCCGGCCAUGGUCUCGCUCCUCUUGGAACAUGAAGCUACACCCCAGAUUCCAGACCGCAAUGGGCAGACCUGCGUUCACCUAGCCUGUGAAUAUGAGAGCAUGAGGUGCCUGGAGAUUCUAUUGAGAAGGAGAAAAUGGGACCUGGAAGCAACAAAUUACCAGGGUAUGACAGCGCUGCAUGUGGCCAUCAGUACAGGACACGAGGACCUGGCUCUCUGUUUACUGGAUAAUGGAGCAAACGUGGAUACUGUGGACAUAAAGAGCGGCCGCAGUUCCUUGAUCCAAGCAGUGGAAGGUGGUUCUAUGGAACUGGUUUCUCUUCUAUUACAGCGGGGCGCCCAAGUCAAUGCGCAAACCUAUGCCGGUAACACAGCGUUGCACGUGGCCAGUGGGCGGGGCCUGGUGGAGAUCACGAGGUUGCUGCUGCGGAGCGGAGCUGAUGGAACCAUAAAGAACUGUCACAAUGAUACCGCCGUGACCGUAGCAAAGGAUAGAAGGAUUUCAGAUAUCGUGCGGGGCAAAUCUUCCUCCCCUCGGGAUACGAACGAGAGAUUCAGGGGAGAAUUCAAAAACAGUGCUGCUUCCUCAUCUCCACAAAGAGCGACACCGGGAUAUAACCCUGCCAGCUCCCCGACAUGAGGAAGCCUUUCACUCCCCUUUAUAUAUGAAAGACAUUCAAAACCUGGAAAUGACUUGAUAUAUCCUGAGGGACCUCCUCCCAUGCCAAGUACAAGAGGCUCCUUCACUGUGGAGAGUUAUGAGGGUUCAACAGCAACAUGUUAUCUGGUCUUUCAUAAUGACAAAGACAAUGUAUGGGUUGUUGAACUGGGAAUCACAGAAAGACUAGUAAAGGUUAUAAACACCAGGCACCGCCCACAAGGAACCCUGCCUUGAAUGCCAUUGCCGAAACGGAAUAAUUCUUAUUUUAGGGCUUUAGAGCCCAAUUCAGCACUAAGAACGGCUCCUAAGACCUGCAUGUGAACCCCAAGGAUUUUGUGGUGACCCUUGAAUUUUAUUUGUGGUAUGGGCUUUGUGCCAGUGAUUCUACACCUUUAUAAUAUACAGGUAUAGGACCUGUUAUCCGGAUAACAGAUCUUUCCAUAAUUUGGAACAUUUAAACAUUUAGUAAACCCAACAGGCUGGUUUUG